AUGCAAGCAUUUUUAAAAAGUGCUACCGGUCAGACAACUAGACCUCUGAAGGAUAAGUUGUCUUCGGGUUCCAGCAUAGAGAAGAAAGCCAAGCUUACCCCUUGGGUUGAAAAAUAUAGGCCAAAAUGUGUUGAAGAAGUCGCCUUUCAAGAAGAGGCUGUAGCAGUGCUGAAAAAGUCACUUGAAGGAGCAGAUCUUCCAAACCUCCUGUUUUAUGGCCCACCUGGAACAGGAAAGACCUCUACGAUAUUAGCGGCUGCAAGAGAACUUUAUGGUCCAGAAUUAUACAAACAGAGGGUGCUUGAACUCAAUGCCUCAGAUGAAAGGGGCAUCCAGGUGAUCAGAGAGAAGGUCAAAAACUUUGCUCAGCUCACCGUAGCAGGGACUCGGCCAGAUGGGAAGGCAUGUCCUCCUUUUAAGAUCAUCAUUCUGGAUGAAGCCGACUCCAUGACUGCGCCAGCUCAAGCUGCACUUAGAAGAAUUAUGGAGAAGGAGUCCCGCACCACACGUUUCUGUCUCAUCUGUAAUUACAUCAGCAGGAUCAUUGAGCCGUUAACUUCCAGAUGUUCAAAGUUUCGUUUUAAAGCCCUUGCUGACAAGGUUCAAGAAGAGCGUCUACUGGAGAUCUGUGAGAAGGAGAAACUGAAGUACACAAAAGAGAGUAUAUUCGCUCUGGUCAAAGUAUCCGAGGGAGACCUGCGGAAAGCCAUCACCUUCCUCCAGAGUGCUGCACGUCUCAUUGUCGACAGUGAGAUUACAGAACCUGCUGUCAUCGAAAUAUCUGGGGUUGUUCCUAUCAAGAUGAUCAACGAUUUACUUCAGGUCUGCUUUAAUGGAAGUUUUGAGCAACUAGAGUUUGCUGUCAGGAGCAUGGUGGAUGAAGGAUAUGCAGCCACACAGAUCCUAAGUCAAAUUCACGACUCAAUCAUUGAGCACGACUUGAGUGACAAGCACAAGUCUGUUAUCACGGAAAAGAUGGCGAUUGUGGACAAAUGCCUGUCUGAUGGUGCAGAUGAAUACCUGCAGCUGCUGAGUCUAUGUUCAGUAAUCCUGCCACAAGCACACUGA